AUGGCUCACAAGAACUCUAACGAAGACGGCUCUAUCGGAAGCUCCUUGCAUGGAGUCACCGCAAGGGAGCAAGUCUUCUCCUUCUCCGUGCACGACGAAGAUGGCCCUUCAUCUCAAGCCGUCCGAUCGGACGAUCCAACAGCUAAGUUCGCUUUGCCGGUUGACUCAGAACAUAGAGCAAAAGUGUUCAAACCACUCUCAUUCGCCAAACCACACAUGAGAGCUUUCCACUUAGGAUGGAUCUCUUUCUUCACUUGCUUCAUCUCCACCUUCGCUGCCGCACCUCUAGUCCCCAUCAUCCGCGACAACCUCGACCUCACCAAUAGCGACAUCGGAAACGCCGGAGUAGCAUCCGUUUCCGGCGCCAUUUUCUCAAGACUCGCUAUGGGUGCAGUAUGUGACCUUCUCGGUGCACGUUACGGCACUGCCUUCUCCCUCAUGCUCUCAGCUCCAGCCGUUUUCUCCAUGUCGUUCGUAGCUGAUGCCGGAAGCUACUUAGCCGUUCGGUUCAUGAUCGGUUUUUGCUUAGCCACGUUCGUGUCAUGCCAAUACUGGACGAGCGUCAUGUUCAGUGGAAAGAUCAUAGGACUCGUUAACGGAUGUGCCGGAGGAUGGGGAGACAUGGGAGGAGGCGUGACUCAGCUACUCAUGCCAAUGGUCUUCCACGUCAUCAAACUCACCGGAGCCACUCCUUUCACGGCGUGGAGGUUCGCCUUCUUCAUCCCCGGCUUCCUUCAGAUCAUUAUGGGCAUUCUUGUCCUCACUCUCGGCCAAGAUCUCCCCGACGGCAACCUCAGUACCCUCCAAAAGAGUGGUCAAGUUUCCAAAGACAAAUUCUCCAAGGUCUUUUGGUUCGCUGUGAGGAACUAUAGAACAUGGAUCUUAUUCGUUCUCUAUGGAUUCUCCAUGGGAGUUGAAUUAACGAUCAACAACGUCAUCUCCGGAUACUUCUUCGACAGGUUUAACCUUACGCUACACACAGCCGGUAUAGUAGCAGCCAGCUUCGGUAUGGCAAACUUCUUCGCACGUCCCUUGGGUGGCUACGCCUCGGAUGUAGCUGCACGGCUCUUCGGCAUGAGAGGCCGGUUAUGGACCCUGUGGAUCCUACAAACCAUUGGAGCUCUGUUCUGCAUCUGGCUCGGCCGUGCUAGUACACUCCCUAUAGCUAUCUUAGCCAUGAUGCUCUUUUCCAUCGGCACACAAGCCGCUUGCGGAGCUCUCUUCGGUGUUGCUCCUUUUGUUUCCCGACGUUCCCUUGGUCUUAUCUCGGGACUAACCGGAGCUGGAGGAAACUUCGGGUCAGGUGUUACUCAGCUUCUUUUCUUCUCCUCGGCGAGGUUUAGUACAGCUGAAGGACUUUCGUUGAUGGGGGUUAUGGCGGUCGUGUGCACACUUCCGGUUGCGUUUAUACAUUUUCCGCAGUGGGGAAGCAUGUUCUUAAAGCCAUCGCAACACGAAGAGAGAUCAAAGGAGGAGCAUUAUUAUGGAGCGGAAUGGACAGAGGAAGAGAAGAGCUUAGGGCUACAUGAGGGAAGCAUUAAGUUCGCUGAGAACAGCCGGUCGGAGAGAGGCCGGAGAGCGAUGUUGGCUGAUAGUCCAACACCGCAGACCGGAAGUCCGGCUCAUGUCUAG